AUGGAACAAAGGAACAACGUCACUGAGUUCGUGUUCCUGGGGCUCACUCAGAGCCUGCAGGGCCAGAAAAUAUUAUUUGCUGUGUUCUUGCUGGUCUACGUGGUGACCAUGGCAGGCAAUGUACUCAUUAUGGUGACUGUGGUGCUCAGCCCAGCCUUGGACUCUCCAAUGUACUUCUUUCUUGGCUACUUAUCAUUUAUGGAUAUGGCUUAUUCUAACACAGCUACCCCAAAUUUGCUGAUAGACCUACUCCAUGUCAAGAAAACCAUUUCCUUCCAAGCAUGUAUGACUCAGCUGUUUUCAGAGCACUUUUUUGGGGGUGCUGAAAUCAUACUCCUGGGGGUCAUGGCCUAUGACCGCUAUGUGGCCAUCUGCAAACCCCUGCAUUAUCUGACCAUCAUGAACCGACGGCUGUGUGUUCAAUUUUUGGUGUUGUCCUGGGUUGUGGGUUUUGUGCAUGCUAUACUGCACAUUCUGUUCAUUUACAAUCUUCCCUUCUGUGGCCCCAAUGUUAUCGACCACUUCAUCUGUGACAUGUACCCCUUAUUAAAACUUGUGUGUGCCGACACCUACAUUACUGGCCUCACAGUGCUGGCCAAUGAUGGGGCGAUCUAUACAGUCGUCUUUGCUCUCUUAUUAAUCUCAUAUGGGAUCAUUGUGCACUCCCUGAAAAACCUGAGUCAGGAAGGAAGGGUCAAGGUCUUAUCCACCUGUGGCUCCCACAUCACCGUGGUGGUCCUCUUCUUUGUUCCUUGCAUUGUUCUGUUUGUGAGAUCUCCAUUUACCUUGCCCACUGAUAAGUACUUAGCUAUAUUUUACACUGUCAUCACUCCGAUGCUGAACCCCCUCAUCUAUACUCUGAGAAAUGCAGAGAUGAAAAAUGCCAUGAAGAAGCUCUGGACCAGAAAAUAA